GCUGAAUUUCUUAACGGAGUCUCCCAAACAGAUGUUUAAAUACUCGAUAACAUACGCCAUGAUUCGGUUUUCAGUGUGUAUGUUCUUGAAUGUUCAAGUAUUCGUUUUUCUAAAAUCUAAUCCACUAAUAGGUGAAUACGUUUACACGGUGAAGUCUUGUGAAUUCCCUUUCAUUGUAUCAUUCAGAACAAAAAUUUCAGAACAGUUGAACUAUGAAAACUUUUGUACCGGAUCAUUUAUUACGCAACAACAUAUUAUAACAGCUGCACAUUGUUUUGAAGACAAAAUAGAAAAUUCAAUCGAGGCGAUCGUUGCCGGAGAAGACUGGACAACGUCCUAUUUCAGUUUUGCAAUCGAUUCAUGGUUAAUAUACGACUCUUGGGCUCGACAUAAUAAAAAACCUAUCGAGUUUCCAGUGAAUGAUGUGGCAAUCGUUAAGUUAUUAUCACCCGCAAAUAAAAAACGUAUAAUACCUAUCUCCCUCACGUAUUUAAAUGACCAACCGCUCUAUCGAACGAAGGCAUCGAUAUUUGGCUGGAAUUUCAUAAAAGAAAAUCCAUUUACAAUGGUCUUGCGCAAGGGGUAUGUAAGAAUUUUAACUCCUGACCAUUGCCAGCAUCAGUUUAAAUUGGUGACGAAUCAAAAAUUUGUAAUGAACAAAAAUUUUCUAACUACGUUUGCCGAACCAUAUGUACUUGCAAGUUGUGGUGAUAGUGGUGGACCGCUUUUGGACGCAAACAAUAACCUUAUCGGAAUCACACGGAGUACAUGUCCGAAUAGAUCAUGGGGAAACUUCUCUCUCGAGUUUUUAAACCGAUAUCAAUUUAAUGUUCACUCUAGUGUUAAUUACUAUAGAGAGUUCAUCGAAAAUGUGAUAACAUCGACCGAAAAAUAAUAAGGCAACCUGGAUUGCAAUAAAAAAAGUGGACUGCUAGGAAACGCAUUUGACAGCGAUUUUUACGAAGAGAUAUACAUUGACUGUUCACUAUCAUACGCAAAUAUUACUUCAAAUAAUUUUUCUACUUUAAUUAAAUUCAUAUAACUUGGUUUUUCACAGUAUAGUAUGGGUCGCUUUUCUUUGAUUCAUUUGAUUGAUUGAUUGAUUGAUUGAAUGAUUGAUUGAUUUUCAAUUGCUUUUGAUUGGUGCAUGAAAGUUCUACACGCUGUGCACGUUUUUACUAGGAUUUUUAAAUGUAAUUAAAUUGUUAUUUAGAAAAACAAUUGUGACCAUUAUUGAGGAAAAUAAAGUUCUAAUAGGAAUUAAUUACUAAAACCUAUGUCCAAGUCAUUACAUAGGACUGAUUUUUCUGAAGGGAUUAUAAGUCAACACAAAUAGCAUGUUUGUAGCACCAAUUUUUGUAACUAUGUAUGUCGGAAAAACGUAACAUUAACCUGAAAAGAUAACAAUAUAUGGUUCAUAAAAGAAGCUUAAAAAUAUA